AUGUCAGAAAGAGGCGGUGGUGGUGGUCUGGGGGAUCCGCCAUCGGGCAGCGGGCCUCGCCCAGAGGGACAACGAGAAUGGGGUGAGCGCAGCGGCGAGCGGAGGGAGGAACGGUGGCAUGGAGAGGGUAGAAGAGAAGGGAGUCCUUGGGGGAGCAGGCACCCUUCAGGACCUGGCCGAAGUGGUGACCGCAGAGGCUCUGGGCUAAGGGGAAGAGGCAGGGGUUUUCGACAGAGUCCUAGACAGCGUCCUUUGACCGAGAGCCUCGAACGCGCACUGGAACCCACGGGCCAAAGGCGAGGCCAGGUGUUGUGCAAUGCGUGGACCAUGCGCCUGGAAGAGGAAUUCCAGGCAUGGGGAUAUCCGCUGAGCAUAAAGGAACGUGGGACUGAAAGACCGGUAGAGGAGAGAAAGGAGAGAAGAAAGGUUUUGGCACAGCUGUUGAGGGCGCUUACUGGAAUCCAGGAACCCCCGGAACGCCAGCGGCCGAGAAGGGUUAUCUCAAGAGGAGCUCAGCAUUCGGAGCUACUGCGGUGGAUCAUCGUAUACUCAGAACGCAUACGGGAACUGAUCCGUGAUGAGCCAACGCGCGAAGUACCCGUGCGUGAUGGAGACGCCCCACUGAAGGUAUACACUGUCACUUUUGGAGAAGAACGAGAGCUCACCGGGGCAAAUUGGCGUUUCUACUUCAUUGCAGCCAUGAUGAUUACCCUGGAGGCAGCGAACUAUCAAAGGGCGUUGGGGCAAUCACAAUACAUCAGACUGGACCCCCGUUCUCUAAAGAGUGACAUGGAACUCUACGGUGUCGAUGCAACACUAAUCCAAAGCGACGCAGCUUGGCUGCUAAAGGUGAGCAGACAUGAUCGCAAGCUAGAGGUAGGCUUCCUAGAGGACCGCCUGAGGGAAAUGGACUACCAACAGGCCCUGCUUACAUACAAGAACCGUCUCUGCGUCACAGUGCACAAGGGAAAUCUAUACAGAAUCGUAGAUAUCAUGGACACAACAGCCGACAGAGCAACGUUUGAAAAAGGCGGAACCACCAUUACUGUAGCAAAGUAUUUUAAAGAUGCCUAUAACGAAAAUGUGGAGGGUAAGCAGGUGGUCACCGCAAAAGAGGCUCGCGGUGGUUCCAGGCUCUGCUACUUGCCUGUCAAUCUUCUUAGAGUCAUUGCACAGGCCCCACAGCCAGAGGAGGGGUCGCGGGCAAUGCUGAGGCCUAAAAGUGCUCAAGAAACUCUCGUAGAGUGCACUGAGCUGGUAAAAGACAUACUUAGAACGCCAGCAGUUAAAGAACAGAUGAAAGAGCUCAAGGUGCACAUUGGGGACAACGGCGGACUCCCCAUUGACGUCCAAAAGGAUAUCACGAGCCUGCGGAAGGUUAUGGGAGAUGAGCCACACUACGGGGAGCCCAGGAUUUCGUGGGGUCCUGAAAGAAAAGAAGAACAGCAGGAUACUUUCGUUGAACUGACUCCUGAUUUCCGCGCUCGGCUUUGCCAAAAUCUUGUAAGACUGCACAACCAGCUGCCGGUUCUACGGCACAAGGUGCCGCUUAACAGUCGCUGGAUGCUUGUUGUUUGCACUGGGCGCAGAGAACACGGAAGCUCCAGGGCAGUGGAGUCCAUCAAGAAUACAAUUGAGCUCACGCGACAGAGAAUUCGCCACAGGGGCCAACUGACUGUCGACAUGGAUGCUCCGGCUUGCUGCGAGCACUUCAUCCGAAGCGAAGCCGACUGGAAGAAGGGGAGGGUUGAGAGGACGAAAAGAAGUUUAAGGGAUCUGUUCAUACGGCAGAGACACGGCCUUCGAGGAGCUGUUGUUUUGCUCGCCUACGACUCAGAUGACACGAACAAUAGAGUACGCGUGGCUGCAAAACAGAAUAGGCCAGAAGACAAGUCCAUGAACAUGUGGUGGAAUGUCUACCUACAGUUUCAAACGAAAAUAACUGACGAUUCUCUUCGUGCGGGGAUUCCUUGGGCAGCGGAUCAGCUGCUGGCACCUAUUAGGGAAGGAGUACGCCCGCCGCAAAUAUCAGAGGUGGUGAGGGCCAUAGGCAUAGCGGUUAAUUCCUUCGGGCCUCCUAACGCUCGCUGCGGGGUCGUAGGCAUUGUCGGGGGAAGAAACGUUGGACACACUCAGUUCGUGAGCCACAUCGGAGCAUCAGCACCUGCCAACUACCGCGCAGGGGUUAUAAAGGACAUGGGGAAGCACUUCAAGCGUUUCUGGGAGAAAUUAACCUUUGAAGAGAGCGUGAAGCCACACAAACGUGCACCCGCUCACCUUCUCAUAUACAGGUCUGCUCCCAGCGGGAGCUCGCAAAUAAAAGAGGUCUUGGCCCACGAAGUCACGGCCAUCCGAAACGUCCUUGGAACUGACCUUGGCAGCUUCGAAUUCUCCCCAGAGACCAGUGAACUGAUUAUCGAACAUCCCAUGGCUACUGCUUUUCCCGAUGCUGAGUUUGCAGUUGUCCUGACACUUGAGGACGGAGAAGACGGGAAAAGAAUCACACUGCCCGACAGCCAUCCCCUUCUUGAAUAUGCAAAAUCUAACUCAAGAUGGCUCAAAAAUAUAGAGCUAGAAUUUACACAUUCCCCCGACGGCCCCCUCAACGGAUUCAAAGGAGUCAUUGUUCCGGUCAAUGGCGAAAUUUACGCCGACGUCAACAUCAGGGCAGCGGAGUCGAGUCCCGGGACUGAAUUGAGUUCAGGGGAUACCAUUUACCUAAGACAAGCUGCAAUUAGCCAGUUGGUUCAGAAGGUUUUCAUCAAUGUUUUGGUGAACCCGCAUCGCCCCGCUAACCCAAUGAAGUUCUUCAUGAAGGGGAGGGAAGGCGUACAAGGGCUGCCCGUUGGAGCCUACAUAGACAGUGGGCCUGUUAUUCCGGUGGCUCCAAAUACCGAAACACCUGAAGAAAAGUUUCUAAUAGGGACGGCAGAUCCCACCCGGGGCUCUCCUUCGGCAUCGGAGUUUCACGUAGCACAAAACGAAAGCGAUUGGUCUAAACACUUCCUCGCUGUAGUUUCGUACAAGCUGUGUCAUAUGUACUACAACUGGGCCGGAACUGUCAAGCACCCGCACCUCCUGCAGAUGGCCUUAGCUAUUGUGCGGCAGCACGCUAUCUACAUCGCGUCGGAGAGCGGCUUCGGCCUGGAGUCUGAAUUUGCGCCUGAAGGAGAGCCUGAAGGGGAGCCCGCGCAAGAACGCCCAGUUUCCCCGGAGCUGGGCGAGGAGCCCGAAAUCCGCGAAAGGGUUCAAAAGAGGAGGCAGGAAGCGGGUCAGGAGGCCCUAGUGGGAACGCGUGAGCAGAGAGAAACGGAGGAAGAUGCUGAAGAACGGACUGCUGGUCUAGAAAACCUCAAGGAGCUCAAAGCAGCCCUACAGAAUAGAGACAGCGUUCUCAUGACCACAGCUUUCAUGCUGUAG